UGAAGGUAGCAGGAGCAGCUGUGGGCUAAAGUCCGGCUGUCUGCAGUGUGUCUGCAGCAGAAAUGCUUCUCCUCGGGUCAGGAAACAGCCUCUUCAAACACACACCGGUACUUACACACUGAGUUAAUAUGGAAAGUGAAAGAGUCCGGAGAGGCGUGGUGGCAUUGCGUCGGUGAUGGAUGUCAUGACUUCUCUCUUUUGGAUGCUCAUAUGGCUCCCUCAGGUGCUGUCAGCUAUGAGUAAAGUGCCCCAGCCUGUCAACCUCAACCUGACCUCCAUCCACCUCAUUCACAUGUUGAAAUGGCAGCCUGGACCAGAGACCCCUCCUGGAGUCUACUACAAUGUCACUGUCAACACAGACAAGGGAAAAUACUGGGUGCCAGUGCCUGGCUGCGAGCGUGUCCAGCACCCACUGGUUUGCAACGUCUCAGAUGUCUUCCCUGAACUGAGACAAGUCUACUUAGUCCAGGUGACAGCAUGGCUGGAAGGACAGGCCUCACAACCGCUGACUCACCCAGGAUUUAUUCCCAUCAAAGACACUCACAUGGACCUGCCCCUGCUGACUGUGAUUCCCUGUGGCAGAAACCUGUGUGUGGACCUUCAGCCGCCCUUGGAACAUCUUAGAGAGGCCUAUGAGACACUUGAUUACAAACUCAAGAUCCAGAGCAACAGUGCAGACAGAGCCCAGUUCUUCAAGGAAACCAAGUCUCUGAGAGGACAGAUUCUGGAGGAUCUGGCCCCUGGAAGACAGUACUGUGUCUCAGUCUGCUUCUCAGAUAGCUUGGAGUCCAAGAACUCCAACUACAGCCAGCCUGUGUGUGCUUUCACCUCUCGCCUCUAUGCUGCAGACCCAUGGAUCUCAGCCUUGCUCUGCUUAUUGGUGAUUUUCGGUGUGGUGGUCUUUGGCGUGCUGAUCUCCACUGGUUUCAUCUGUCUGAAGAGGAGACCACUACCACAGGUCCUGACCUCCAUCCAUCACGUAGACGUGGUCCUGGUCGUCACUCCAUCCAGAACGUCUCUAUCCUCCCUCCUGAAUGUUAAAGCCACACUGCCCUCUGCAGGUGAGAGGAGGAGCAGCUGCUCUUCGUCAGAGGAGAGUGAUGGACAGAGUGGGACAGAGAGUAACGGAGACAGCAGAAGAGGUUAUAAACUGCGGGGGGGCACUAACCUCUUGUCCUCCUCUUCUUCAUCUUCAUCAUCUUUAUCAGCUCCUUUAUCCCCAGAGCCUGAACCACAGCCCGGCUGCUCCUCAAACCAAACAUCAGACCUCUUCAGUCCACUUCAGACUGAAGUUCCUGUUUUAACAGAGACACAUCCCAGUGUUGAAGUGGACCACACACUGAGCACACACACAGACACACACAGUGUGACUGUUGUAACAAUCCACACAGGUAAGGAGGGGGAGGACAACCAGGACGUUAACCUCCUCACAUUAACCUUUGGCAGCCAUGAGGAAGAGGAGGAGGAGCAUCUAGGUGUGGCCGAGCCAGAGUCUCAUUCAGCCUCAGAGGAGGUCAAAAUCACACCAGUUCAACCUUCACAAACCUGGGAUGACCAGGAAGUUACCAUAGAGACCGUCUCCUGCUCUGCUGAUGAUAAUGAUGAUGAUGAGGAGGAGGAGUCUGGAUAUAUGGGGCGUCCAUGUACUAAUGUUUUAAAGAAUUUAUUAUAGUGAUGUUGUCAGAUCAGCUCGAUCCACCACAGCUGAUCAUGACACUGACGCUGAGCUGCUCCUCACACAGCGUCGAUGUCUGGGACUACAGUUUGAAACCAGUGAACUUUUCUUAUUGUUUCUGAUAAAGAGUCAGAUCUUAUCAGAGCAGUCGUCUAAAGGGUCGAAGCUCGUCAUGUUGGAAGCAGACGUAUCACUGAUUUAAGCUUGUUACGUUCUUCACAUGUGUUGUGUUCAGUGUGUUUUUCUGGAGUGGUCCAGACAUGUUGUACAAGCCCUGAACCGGUGUGACUCACAAGUGAAAUGUUCUGCUACAUUUACACCAGGGGUCUCCAACCUUUUUCACUCUGAGAGCUACUUUGCCAAAAUAAAAGUGGCUGAGAGCUCCUCAUGUCUGAUAUUACCCCACCCCCCCACCCACCCCGCCCCACUGGGAGCUCACGAGCCGCCUGUUGGAGACCCCUGGUUUACAUUUUCUCUGUUCACAACAUUUUUCAAAGCAUCACAGCUUUUUAUUUACUGGGAUGUUUUUUGAUGAAGACUUUUUUAAUGGAUGUAUUAAUUUGAUAUUUUUUAUGGUUUUAUUUUCUUUUUGCCAUGGCAGCUUUCAUUCCACAGAGUCACAUCCUCCAUCAUUCCCACAGUGUCUCUGUGACUGUGCCACCGCUCUGACUGAGUCCAUCUCAAUCAUGCUCCACUUUGAUUUAGAAAGAAACUGAAACACUGUCAAACCAUGACUGUUGAUAACAGUGUUAACAGACAGUUUGGUGACUCUGACUUGAAAUACAAACGAACCUCAGAAAACAGAGAGAGAGGUUUAGGAUGAGAGAGUGAAGUUCUUCUUUGAGACCAGUUCCUCCUCUUAUAGUUUACUGUAAAUCCUGCAGCCUCAUCAGCCAGAUGAGUCACAGCUUGGAGUAAAGGAUCCUCACUGCUGUGUCCAGGAUGCCAGACACACCACAGUUCCAUCAGCAGCUGGAGGACUAACCUGAUAAGGGAACACUUGAUAUUCCACACAUUUUUAAUUUUGCUUUAGAUUUCAUAUGAAUUCAGCUAAAAAAACAGCAGCAAUGAAUGGCUUUUAUUGUUUAAUUGUGCAGUUUCUGUUUUGCUUUUCUGCAGAGCAGGGAGCAGAUAUAUUUGAUAUAUUUUAUAUGACAUCAAUGAGAGAUAACUCACAUACAGCUGGAGCAGUAAUCAUGAACUGAGGUAGAAGAAAUCUGAAUGGAGGGAAAGUAGCAACAAUUCAUUUCAUCAGCUGUGUUGCUCUGAAUGUCAUUGAUGAUGUUCACCAGUGUGACUGUGUCUUAAAUGGUAUUUUAUCUUUAAACAUUCUCCCUCAACAUGAGCUGAAAACUGGAAUAGGAAACAGUAGUUUGUCAAACAGGUCCACUGGAUGAGGAGUUCCUGUAAACCUGAGCUGAAACUGUUCGCUGCUUCAGUCGUUUGUUCAUCAAAAGAAAAUGAAUCAACUGCCGUUUUUGAUACUUUGAUUAAUUUAGAGUCAUUUGCCCAGUAUUUGUACAGUACAUGAUUCAUACAUGUGUUGAUGUUCAUACUUUUCUCUAUUUGUUCACUAGGCCAGUGUUCAAUCAUAUUGACAAUGCACUUAUGUUAUGUUAUGUCAUUCAUACAUUUAUUAUUACAAGUUUCACUAUGCAGCAACGAUAUAAUCAAUAUAAUCAAAUCCCAUAAUUGUGACACAUUUGUAUUUUUAUACUGACUGUAAAAUCAUGUAUUACCUCAUUAUCAAGUUAUUCAAGGUCUCAUUUUACUCAGUGUUCAGCCAUAAACACAACAAUAAUAAAGUAACAUUGAAAC